AUGCUUUCUGGAAUUCAAAAAACAAAACUUUGUGAAUCUUUUGAUCAGUCUAUUCAAAUGGAACAGCUACUACCAAUGGAAUUAAGGAGAGAACAUGAAGGGAUGCCAGAUAAUCUAAACUCUAUUAUUCCAUAUGCUACUUUAAGAAUGCGCAAUGUUGCUCACUUAUCUAAUGAAGAAUGUGCUAAUGCUAUUGCUAGUCAUCUGCAAUCAAGCGAGAAGUUUAUGCAUGAUCCUAAAUUGGAGCAAUUUAGGAUGGAAACAGUGAGAACAAUACCACAGUGUCUCGCUGUGAAACAAUCUGUUAAAUCACAGCUUUUGGCUGCUGUUAACCAAAAGACAACAAAGAGAUCAAUUAGUUGUUGGAAACUUUUUAAAUAUAAUGUCAGUUUAAAAUUUGCAAAGAUUUGGGUAACAAUACAGAACUUUUUGUCAACAAUAAAAUUAUGGUAUAGAACAAUAAAAACCAUUGAGAGUCGCCAUGGAAGUGGUAUAGCAACAUACUUCAAAUUCUUGAGAUGGUUACUCUUCCUUAAUACAAUUUCUUGUAUCUUGAGUGUAUUUUUUAUUGUGAUUCCACAAUCACUAGAUCAAGCAUAUGUAUCAAAUAAUAUUACAGUAUUGGAUUUUUUAACAGGCAGUGGCUUUUUAUCUCACACAAUAAUGUAUUACGGUUUUUAUUCCAACGGCACAGUAGAUGUAUCAUUUGGAACCAAAUAUAGCAUUCCAUUUUCCUAUUUCUUAACGCUGCUUUUCUGUUAUAUAGUUACAUUCGUUAUACUUUCUCUCAAAGUUAUAUCCUCUUAUAGAAAGUCUUAUGUCGAAACACGUGAAAAAAUACAUAAUUUAUAUAGUAGCAAAAUAUUUUGUGGAUGGGAUUUCAGUAUAUCUUCAUCAAAAACGGCUGUCUUGCAAUCAGCAUCGAUUUAUAAAGAAUUAGAAGAAUUACUAGCAGAAACGAAGCAGCAUAUACAUUUCCAUUGGUGUACCAAGUUUUUAUUAAUUAUAAUGCAAUUUGCUGUAACAUCUAUUAUUAUAUGUAUGAUUUUCGGUGCUGGUGCACUCGUUUGGAUGCUAUUAAAUCAUUACAACAUAGAAGCUCCUGUAACCAUCUCGGUUAUGAUUGUGCCAAUAGUUAUUACCACUAUCAUUCACAUUUUUCCAACGAUUAUUUCCUACUUAGCAUUGCUAGAACGCUACAACAACAAACGUAGGGAACUUUACAUAACAAUUAUCAGAAAUUAUGCAGUUGCUGCGACAGUAAUUGGAACUUUAUUUGUUUUUUGGUUAAUCCACAGUAUAUCACAUUGUUGGCAAACACACUUAGGGCAAGAGAUUUAUCGGCUUAUUAUACUGGAUUUCAUUGCUUCACUAGUCGGAGCGUUUUUGCAUUUAACACGUUCCAUACUGUACAAAAAAUAUUCGACAAAAGUCGGCAAACCAGAAUUUAAUAUUGCUCACAGUACAUUAAAUCUCAUAUAUAAUCAGAUGCUCUUUUGGAUAGGAUUUUAUUUCAGUCCGUUAAUAUCUAUUAUAAUUGUGAUAAAAUUAAUUUUUACGUUUUAUGUGAAGAGAUAUGAACUGAAAAGAUACUACCAAAGACCAUCGCAGCCUUGGCGAGCGGCACAAACGCAAACGCUGUUCUUGGCUCUCACAUUUCUCAGUAUUAUGAUUAUAUUAUUCACAAUAGGAUAUGUUAUCACAAAUGUGAAAAGUAACGAAUGCGGACCAUUCAGAAAUCAUCUUCACACUUGGGAUUUUAUUGUCGACGGGAUGUUAUCGUUAAAAAGAGAUAGUCCGUUCUGGAGUGUUAUUUCGGAACUUGCGUCACCAGUGACCGGUGCUAUAAUAUUGAUUAGCAUGAGUAUUGCAGUGUAUUGUUUAAGAGCAAAAGCAGAAGCGAGUAAGGAAAUCUCACAAAUUUGUUCCAACAUGCUCCUUCUCCAAUCUCAAGAUAAGCAAUUUCUCAUAAAUAGUUUUGGUAAAUGUACUAAAAAUAAACGUGCUUUUAUUCCUAAUGAGAUUAAUCUUGUCCAGAAAAUUGGACACACUGAACAAGAUCAUACAAAUGAAGAAGUUUUAUUUUUUCAUCAACAUAACUUACCAUCAACAAGCUUCGAAGAAAGAUGA